ACAAUCCGGACAAGAUGGACAUGAACGCCGCCUGGCUUUCCGGGCCUAUCCAGCUACAUUCAAGCCGUGCGUUCGAAUGCGACGAGCUCACCGCCGAAGAAUGCGACUGGUAUAAGCAACGAUGGCACUACUGGUACAUCGCCGACUAUGUCUUUGCAUUGCCAACGGUAGCCUUUUUCAUGUGCGCCAUUGGUAUUUUCAUCAUUGGCAAUGUUACAUCACAGAUUUUUGGUUAUCGCAGAUUCAGAGGGCCUCCAUUAUGGACAAAGCUAAUAGCGAGUAUUCGAUACCUCGCGUAUCGCGGCUUUCAUGUCAAGUCAUUGCAUUGGAACUCGGCUCCAGUUGGCAUCUUAUUGCUAGGACUUGCCGGCACAGUUUUCUUUUUCUGUAUGGAUUUAAUUCCGCAACCUUAUUACUGGCCUAGCGAAAUAUAUGGCAAUUCGCCAGCACUGGCCACCAGAUCUGGAUGGAUGGGCCUGGCUUGUAUGCCAUUUAUAUUUGCAACCGCGAGCAAGGCAAACUGGAUUACAUUAUUUACUGGAGUAUCUUACGAGAGACUCCAAGUUUUCCACAGAUGGAUAUCUUACGCCUUCUUUAUCCUAGCUCUCUUACACACCUUUCCAUUCAUCGUGUACCACAUUCGGUGGCACGACAUGGAAAAGCACUUUGCCUCCAGCCUUGUAUUCUAUUGGACCGGCAUUGUCGCACUACUUCUCCAGGCAUGGCUUACUUUUGCAUCCCACAGUACAAUACGAAACCUUGGGUACGAGUUCUUCAAGAUGACACAUCUAUUUGCUGUUGCCAUCUUCAUGGUCAUGUUCUUUUGGCACUGCGGCUAUACUCUCACCUCGUGGGAUUACUUCAUCGCCACCGCGGCUGUUUACGUCCCUUGUUAUAUCUACCCCUGGCUUCGGACUUGUUUCAAGUAUGGCGUCAACUCGAAAGCUCGAUUAUUUGUGGAGGACAGUGGCUUUGUUCGCAUUACGAUUCCGGCAAGUUUCCACUGGGUACCAGGACAGCAUUGCUUUCUACGCUUUACAAGCUUCGGCCUCCUCCAUGCUCUCUCGACCCAUCCAUUUACAAUCUGCUCCUUGCCUCUAGAGAAACAGAACGAGCAGUCUGAGCUCACAUUUUUUAUUCGACCGGAGAAGGGGUUUACUGCCAGGCUGUACCGAUUCGCUCUGGAAAGUCCUGGUGGUUCGGUACCCGUUCUUGUAGACGGGCCAUACGGAGGUAUCAACAUGCAGAGAUAUCAGGACAGUGAUCAUCUUCUUGUCAUCUCGGGUGGUUCAGGAGCUGGCUGGUGCUUACCAUUCAUUGAACAAAUCGCUACUCACCGCAUGAUAUCAGCUGAUGAGGAACAAGGCCAGGCUGUGCAUGCUGAUGAUAAAGAGGCCCCUGCAGCUGAACGCGUGAGUAAUCGCAGCAACUCUAGGCCUCUUUCAUUGCGUGUCAUCUUGGCAACUCGAGAUUCUAGCUGCCGUACCUGGUUUCUGAGAGCAGUAAGCGAAUUGCUAUCGAAGCAUUCAGAAGCUGGUUCAUCAUUCAACACUGAUAUUCAAGUUGAAGUCUAUCUGACUGACAAAGCGAUCCAACCGGCAGACCUGGAAGACAAGCCAACAAGGGAUCCUAAUGCAAAGGGAUCCAUCUCAUCAACAGAGAAGAAUAUUACGAGGGAAGAGGGACGCAAUAUCAAUGUGCUUGAGAGAGAUUUCGAGGGCCGGCCUCAACUGCCCCAGAUUAUACAAGAGGCAGCCAGUGUCGCGGAAGCCGGCCAAUCUCUUGGUGUCUUUGUUUGCGGGCCAACGACGAUGCAAAACAAUGUACGCAAUGCUGUCGCUGAAGAAAAUCUGAAGAUUCUUCAAGGUUCAAGGACAGGCGCAGUAUAUUUACACACUGAGCAUUUUUCAUGGGCAUGAGCAAAUUUGCAAUAGGGAAUGCAUCAGUUCGGUAUCAAGUUGGGGAGUACUGUCAAGAAUUGCUUAUUAUUAGAAAAUGAAUAUACAUUCAAACUGAAAUCAAUCAGACUUGCGUCU